CAUCUGCUCGAAAUGCCUGCUCCACGACGCCUGUCAACUCCUUUUCCAGGAAAAGGGCGUACGAUUUCCGUAAAAGAGUAUUUGGAAUUGCCGAAGAACAAUUAUUUAGAAGAUGCCACAAUUAAUUCGUACAUCAAAAAGACUACGCUCACACUGCUGGAAAACCAUCAAAAUUUGUGGGAGUACAAUGCGACGGUCGUGGAAGAGAAAUGGGCUCUGCUAGGAAUUGAAGUUUAUGAGAAAACUGGGAUGCUUGUCAAGACAGACGAUAUCUGGACAAUUUAUGACAAUAUAAAGAAAGUCGUCAGAAAAAAGAUGAGAAUCAGCAUCAACAAAGGAAAAACCCACGAAGAAAUGGAGCAGUUUUUAAAUGAGUACGACUACUUUAAAUAUUUUAAGUAUUAUUACAACUCAAUACCUCAUUACGAAGCGGAGCUUAGGGACAGAACCAAGAAAAGGAAGGCGAACAAAGAAGAACCCGAAAUGGAAGUUGACAUUCCGAAUGGAGAAAGAAAUCAAGUGAAGAAACAAGCAAGGACAAGGAAAGCCAAUCGUUCAGCUCGCGAACUGGCUCAACAAGAAGAAGAAACUGAAGAUUUCAUUGAGGAUAAUGCUGCUAAUCAUGCCGUCGAUAAUCUUCCAACCAGAGCAAGAACCAGUGAAACUUCAGCUGUGAGUAGAUCAAGAGCCAGAGAGCAAGCUCCAACAAUGGAACGUACACCCAUGAUUGAUCAACCAGAAAUACAAAUAAUUGGUCAGGCAAGUCUUCAAGGAACUGCUGGUGAUUUCCUCGCUCUCCAAAUAAGAAAUCUACUUCAAACAAAUCCAGAGCGAGCAAAUUUGAUCACAAGUACAAUCAAUAAAACAAUUGGAGUUCUUCGAGCAGGAAACUGUGAGGAUAGCCAUGAUGUUUUUGAAGAUCUACUCUCCGGAGAAAAGUCAAUGAGGGAAAAUGUACUUGUUAUAUGCUGACGUUUUCAUACUGUGUUACUUACCAGCACACUUACUAAAACAAUUGAAACACUCUGCCUUGGAAUAUGCUGGGAUGGGAGUAAGAUCUUUAAGGAUUUACUCUCGGCGGAGGGUAAAUGAGAGAAAAUUCGAGGAAAAGAACAAUGCACAGAUCGCCUUCAACAAGCUCGUAAUAUCUCGGUUUUGUUCUUUUUUUUUCUAGUAUGUUUUCUGAUAUUUUUAAAGUUUUUUAUUCCCCCUGCAGUUCUUUCAAAAAAAUUGUUGUUAACUUUUGCGUCGCCACUUUUGUUUUCUUAUCGACUAAUUUGUGUUUUCUUCUCAAACUUGAAUUUUAAAUUAUUUAUAUGUUGCGACCUGUUUUUUUUUCAUAAAUAAAGUUAAAAAUUUUAAA